AUGAAGUACUCAUUUUCACACCGGGAGAGGGGAAACACUCAUGUACUGGAAGAAUCAAUAGCCAAAAAUGAACCUGAUAGACAGAGACACUGGCUGGAAGAAUUGGCGAACAAAGAUGCAUUGGCUAGAGAACGGAUAGAGAAUCUGAAAGCCAGUGACAUAUUUGGUACAACACAAGUGAAAAUAAGUUCACGGAAACAAGAUAACAUAGAAGCAUUGAGUUCACCAGUGUCAUUUCCAAGAAGAUCAUUCUGUCGGACACAACGGAAUACUACAGGAGAUGACAGUUCUGCACUGAAUUCUCCUGUUUUCCCAACUUACAUGGCUGCAACAGAAUCUGCAAAGGCAAAGGCAAGGUCGAUGAGCACACCGAGGCAACGAAUAGGAAUUCAGGAUCAUUUUCUCAUUGACAGCUUAUCAUACAAAAGUGGACUUUCUAUUUGGUCUUCUUAUAACAGUGAAUGGUUUGGAAACAGUAGCGAAGCUGCUCAGCGCGUUCCUAUAAGCGUAAAUCGCCAUUAUUGA